UGUCCUGCUUGGUUUGAAGUAAUGUUGCGCGUUUGAAGGUUUAGGUACCUUUUUAUGAAAGCUUCUGAGAUCGAUUGCUUUUCCUUCUGUAGCGGGAACCAAAACGGAGCCUGUAAACCGCGAGACAGAAAACUAGCACCGCUAGCUAGCGUUCCAGCUUCUAAGCACUGGCUUUUAUAUCCCGAACUUGGCAAUGGAUUGGGGCCAGGAUGAGCUGAUGUCCCCCGUGGUCCAUGAGACCGAGGUAACCCGCGCGGCCCGGCGGAGAAGUUCCAAGAAGGUUUUCUUUCCCUCCCCGCGCGAUGGAAGCCCCGUCGCCACCGCUACACCUGCACGCGCUCUGCUGAGACAAACACCGGGCUCGCUCCUUAAACACACACUCACUCCCAGGAGUUCUGUGAGGAACCCUGAUGUGUCGGCCAUCCUGAGGACUGGGGGGAGGAGCCCUCGCUUCAUACACACCCCCAGACCCACCCUGGGCAGCAUGAGCAUGAACCUGGAUGACAGUGAGUGGAGCGCCAGUCUCUAUCCAUCGCCUCGGUCUGGUCUGGGAGACUCCAGCUUCACCGAGGACCUGAACAGCAGCUCAGUCAUGAUGAAGGAGGAGGACCCAGGAGAGGCUGCCUCCCUGAGCCUGUUCCCAGAGUUCCUGGCGGCGUACCUCAAACACUCGUCCAGCGCCGUGUUCGACCUGCUGGAGGAGUACGAAGCGCUCUGCCAGGACAAGGUGGGCGUGUUGGAGAGGCUGGUGAUGGGCCAAAGGAGCUCCUCUAAGGCGGCUGGUCUGAAGUGGCUCCUGCAGCAGGAGAUGGUGACCUGGAGACUCCUCACCUCCCUCUACAGGGACCGCGUCCAGUCGGCGCUGGAAGAUGACAUCAUGAUGGAUGUGGCUACCCCCAGUGAGAGUGAGAAGGCAGUGAUGGAGCAGCUCUUCCAGAGAGACUCUGUGGUCCGCCAGAGCCAGCUGGUUGUUGAUUGGCUAGAGAGCAUUGCCAAGGAUGACAUAGGAGACUUCUCUGACAACAUUGAGUACUACGCCAAGUCUGUCUACUGGGAGAACACCCUGCAUGCUCUGAAGCAGAGGAGAACCUCCAGCGCCGGCUUUAACAUCCCCCUGGUCACCGAGCUGGACCCAGACGCCCCCAUCAGGCAGAAGCGCCCGCUGGCAGACCUGGACAGGGAGGACGAUGCCAGGCUGCUCAAGUACCUGUUCACCCUCAUCAGAGCAGGCAUGACGGACGAGGCCCAGAGGCUGUGUAAGCGUUGUGGUCAGGCGUGGAGAGCGGCUACUCUGGAGGGCUGGAAGCUGUACCACGACCCCAACAUCACCUCCGGCGGUACAGAGCUGCAGCCAGUAGAGGGGAAUCCUCAGAGGUGUGUGUGGAAGGUCUGCUGCUGGAGGAUGGCAGAGGAGGAACAUUUUAACAGAUACGAGAGAGCCAUCUACGCUGUCCUGAGUGGCAACCUCAAACGGCUGCUCCCGGUGUGUGAGUCGUGGGAGGACUGUGUGUGGGCGCACCUGCGUGUGCUGGUGGACACCCUGGUGGAGCAGGAGGUGCGGUCCUCAGGCAUGGCUCACGACGAGCUGGACACACUCCCCAGAGACUACCUGGAGGCCAACUGGACUCUAGAGAAGGUGUUUGAGGAACUGAAGGCCACCGAAUCCAAGAGGGUGGAGCAGGAGACCAGAGAGCACUACCACGUCAUCCAGAAGUUCAUCAUCCUGGGAGACUUGGACGGCCUUCUGGAGGAGUUCAGUGAUUGGCUGAGUGGGCCCAUGCCCCUCCCCUCUCACCUGCUGCGCUUCAUGACACACCUGGUGCUGUUCUACCGUAGCAUGGGGACCCACCUGAAGGAGGAGGUGUGUGUGGAUGUGCUGAAGGCGUUCGUCAGCCUGCUGGGCCGGGAGAAGCAGGGGGAGCUGCUGCCGUUCUACUGCAGCCACCUGCCCGCCCCCCAGGCCACCGCCUCCUACGCCCUGCACCUGGAGGGCGUGGCUGACACCUCACAGAGGCGACGCUGCCUGGAGCUGGCUCGCCAGGCUGGUCUGGAGGUUGCCGCGGUGACGAAGCUGGUGGUGGAGAAUGUCAGAGAGAGAGACGAUCAGGAGUUUGUUCAUCACGACCUCAGCCCCGCCCUGGAUACAGGCACCUCCCCGGAGGACCAGAGGAAGAUCGAUGUGAUUGAUUGGCUGGUGUUUGACCCCGCCCAGAGGGCGGAGGCAUUGAAGCAGAGCAACGCCAUCAUGAGGAAGUUCCUGGCCUCUAAGAAGCACGAAGCAGCCAAGCAGGUGUUCUCCAAGGUUCCAGAAGACUCCAUGAGGGAGAUCUACCGGCAGUGGGAGGAGCAAGUCUCGGCCACGCCCCUUCCUGCUGAGGAUGAGAAUGCUAUUCGUGAGCACCUGUGCAUCCGGGCCUACCUGGAGGCCCACGAGGCGUUUAACGAGUGGUUCCGGCAGGUGAGCUGCCCCCCCCAGCUGCCCUCUCUGCCGCCCCAGGCCACGUUCACCCAGAAGGUGGCUCACGAGAUGAGGGAGAAGGACUACCAGAUGGAGUAUGACACCUGGAGUGGUCGUCUGGACUCUCUGACGGAGGAUGUGAAGGAGAGGAUCUACAACGUGCUACUGUUUGUAGACGGAGGCUGGAUGGUCGAUGUGAGAGAGGACUGUGAGGAGGACCCGGAGCGUGUCCACCAGAUGGCGCUGCUGCGUCGUCUGUGUCUGCCUCUCGUGACUUUCCUGCUGCUCAGCGUGCUGCAGAAGACCCAGCGCCUGCAGGAGAACCUCCGCCUCGCCGACAUCAUCGCCUCCGACCAGCACCGCCUCUACCAGGUGUUCUCUAAGGAGGAGUUGAGGAAGUUCUUACAGAAGAUGCGUGAGUCGUCUCUGCUCCUAUUGGACAAGGGCUUGGACCCCCUGGGAUACGAGGUCCAGGCUUGAAGACUCACACACACCGGGGGGUUCUGUGGUUACUUUCUUUUGUUGACAUGUUUUUGUAUCCCCAACCCAAAAACAAUCAGGUGAAUAAAAAAAAUGUCCUUCUUUUGUAU